CUUCGCUUCGAACUCUUUGAAUUCAUUCUCUUUCUGCUUUUUGUAUUCUUCGAUCUCUUUUUGAGCUUCACUGCGGGCAUCCUUAACUUUUUGUGUCCGAUCUGUGAUAGGUUUAGUGAGAUGCUUUAAUGGGUAAACAGAGGGGGGUAAUGGAGGGGUUGCGUACAAGCUCUCGCUAGAGUGAGCAUCACCAUCAGAGUUAGCAGCCAUCAACCUCUCCUGAAUCAGAAAUGGAUAAAAAGACAUCUGACGACGUUCGUUGUGGCAAACAUGAGCUUCUACCUUUCUGAACUAUCUUCUGCGCUUCCCUCUCAGCCUAUCCAGUAAAACUGUCAGCAUCACCAUCACUGUCACCAUCACCCCAUUUCAAUAAUCCCACAAAGCUUGGCGGUACGCACAUCGAGGAGGGUUAGAAUCCCAGCAGAGUUUUGAACGGACUGUCAAAAUAAAGUAAGUAAGCCUUUAUAGCUUCUAGAAGGUAGAGAGCUAGCAGUAAGGAAAGAUAAAGGUUACCAUUGUCUUGAUUUCGUAUGACUCCGGGAAGGCGGGUUUUUCGAUUGAUCGAUCUGAAGAGAGGGGGUUUUAAGUGGGUUGAUUGGAACCGAACGAAGGAACCAACGAUCUUAAGCAUAAGGGUGCGGCAGAACCUGCUCUUCGCUCUCAUCUCGUCCUUUUCAGGUGCCAAGCUUCACGCCCCUUGCAACCAUCCCAGGGUCUCAAAUCUCCUGGGUCUCUUCUCUUUCUAGCGUGAUCAACAAUCAACAGUUUACAGGGAGACCGGUUCAUUUCCCUCGGACUCCCUAUGAAAAGAUAGAAGACUCGACUGUGAGUUCCUAUCCAUUGUAUCUCCCCUACCAACCUGAACAUCAAACGCGUAAAGAGCGUUUGACCUUGCCUCUCUUUGUCACUGCAAAAGUCAUAAUUUGUACUUUGGUUCCUGAGUGCCCAUUUUUCCCCCUCUCUUCCUUGCAAGCUGAUAAACCGCACACUUUCCUCUAGUUGCAGUUCACCUACACCUUUGCGCACUGUUUCUCCGUCUAGCUACAUUUGCCCCUUACGUGUGGUUCGAGCGGGACGGUUGGAGGCGGCGGUGCUCCUGGAACUUUGGGACUUGCACCUGCCGGUUAACAAACUAUAAUGGCGGGUGGUAAUAUCAAGGUGGUUGUGAGGGUCCGGCCGUUCAACAGUAGAGGUACUUACUGCCUUCCUCCUCCUCAAUAAUACCGGUAUGGGGUUGUGCCGGGUGCUCUGAGCUAACACUACUGUGUGGACGACCUGUCCCGUGUGGAAUUUAGAGAAGGAUCGCGGCGCAAAAUGUAUUGUUCAAAUGAAAGACAGCCAGACGGUCCUGGUCCCGCCCCUUGGAGUAGAGAAGAGCGCGGGAAGUAAAGCCGCAAAAGAUAGUGGACCUAAAGUUUUCAAUUUCGACAGGAGUUAUUGGAGUUUUUCAAAGAGCGAUUCUAAUUACGGUGUGUUGGCUUUGGUUAUUCGAUGGGUGUGAAUGGGAACGUUCUGAUGGAUUUUAUAGCGGGCCAGGAGAAUCUGUUUGACGACCUCGGGAGACCAUUGCUAGAUAAUGCCUUUGAAGGUUAUAAUAAUUGCAUUUUUGCUUACGGCCAGACUGGAUCUGGGAAAUCGUACUCUAUGGUAUUGUUCAGCUCUACCUUGUGCUUCUCUAGGAAACUUACGAGUGACAUUUUGGGAGUGCAAUACAGUUCAAUGCUAACCAUUCAUGGAUGGGUAGAUGGGCUACGGUGAGGAAUACGGCGUAAUCCCGAAAAUUUGCCAGCAUAUGUUUGAACGAAUGUGAGUUACAUCCCCGGUAUAUUGAAAUGAAGGUCGUCCAGAGCUGAUACUACUGUAGAACUGCCCAACAAGCGGACCCGAACCUGAAAUGCACCGUCGAAGUGUCCUAUCUAGAGAUUUACAAUGGUAUAGUUGUGAGUGGUUCUUGUUCUGCCCAUACAUGUCUUCUGACUAUUUGGAUAGAGCGAGUUCGCGAUCUCUUAAACCCAAGUACGAAAGGAAACCUAAAGGUUCGAGAACAUCCUUCAUUAGGCCCAUACGUUGAAGACCUUGCGAAGCUCGUAGUGAGCUCCUUUAGUGAGAUUGAGCAUCUCAUGGACGAGGGAAACAAAGCGAGAACAGUUGCCGCGACAAACAUGAAUGAGACAUCAUCACGUUCCCACGCUGUGUUUACUCUCAUAUUAAGUCAAAAACGGCAUGACGUUGAGACGGGCUUUGAUACCGAAAAAGUUUCCCGAAUUAGUCUCGUUGACUUAGCUGGUUCUGAGAGAGCUACGUCUACUGGUGCCACUGGUGCUAGACUAAAGGAGGGAGCUGAAAUCAACAGGUCCUUAUCCACGCUCGGUCGUGUAAUCGCAGCUCUGGCAGAUCUAUCCUCGGGGAAGAAGAAGAAUGCAAACAUGGUUCCUUAUCGAGACUCCAUUUUAACCUGGCUGCUCAAAGAUUCUCUCGGUGGCAACAGUAUGACAGCCAUGAUAGCAGCUAUCUCACCGGCCGAUAUUAACUUCGAUGAAACUCUUUCUACCCUUAGAUAUGCCGAUUCAGCCAAGAGAAUCAAGAAUCAUGCGGUGGUGAAUGAGGAUCCAAACGCCAGAAUGAUCCGAGAGCUCAAGGAAGAGCUACAACAAUUGAGACAGAAACUAUCUGGUGGCGGUUCGAUGCCAGAAGAGAACUACGCCCCAGAUACGCCUCUUGAAAAGCAAAUUGUCACUAUUACUACUUCUGAUGGACAGGUGAAGAAGGUUUCGAAGGCCGAGAUUGCAGAGCAACUGAAUGCGUCUGAGAAGUUGCUAGGCGAUUUGAAUCAAACCUGGGAAGAGAGGCUGGAAAGGACGCAACAAAUUCACAAAGAGCGUGAAGCAGCGCUGGAGGAGCUGGGAAUUAGCAUAGAAAAAGGAUUUAUUGGGCUCUCAACUCCAAAGAAGAUUCCUCAUCUCGUCAAUCUCAGGUUGGUGAUUUUCCUUAUCCCCAUUCGCAAAUAGCUUACCUAUACCAGUGACGACCCACUGUUGGCGGAAUGUCUAGUCUACAAUAUCAAGUCAGGAACCACGUCAGUUGGAAACGUCGAGACCUCCCCUACUGCACAAAUUCGUCUGAAUGGUUCAAAGAUCCUAACCGACCACUGCCGAUUCGAAAACGAAAAUGGUGCUGUGACAUUGAUCCCUAACCACAAAGCUGCUGUCAUGGUCAACGGUUUGAGAAUUGAUGGCCCCAGAAGGCUACGGACAGGUUAUCGAAUUAUCCUGGGCGAUUUCCAUAUAUUCAGAUUCAACCACCCGCAAGAGGCCCGCGCAGAGCGAGACAAGCUACGACAGUCUGUAGCAAUAAAUUCUGAUCAUCGUCACUCAUUAAGCAGCGGAAUCACUAUUGAUGCGCUGGAGAGAGCUGAAUCUGAGACGAACGGCAGCAGGCCGGAUUCUCCAGCUAUGGUUCCAGCAAACAGCCGUGACAUUGAUUGGUCAUUUGCUCAGAGGGAAGCGGAAGAGAUGAGGCACAGAAAUAUUCGCAGAGGGCGUCCCGAUAGCCGUCUUGGUUCAAUAGAUGAUGAAACCGAGUCUGUCAUGUCUUUUCCGGGAAUUCGAGAAAAAUAUGCCUCCAUUGCUACUCUGGAUGAGCUCUCACUCGAUACGGCAAUUACUAUGCCGGCGACUCCUCAGCAGGGCGAAGCUGAGGAGAGACUGAGAUUCAUAAAAGACGAGAUGCAAGCCCAAUUGGAGAAACAGAAAGAAGAGUAUCAACAAAGGCUCAAAGCAACUGAGGAAGCUCAUGUUGAGAUUGAAGAGAUCAAAGCCGAGAAAAUCAAAAUGCAGAAAAGGCUUGAAUUGGCUAAGAAAGAGAUGCAAGAGAAACUGGAGAUGCAGCGAAAGGAGUAUGAAAGCCGACUCGAAGAGAUAUCACUUUCUCCUCCAAAGGCCAGAGAUCCCGAGGAUGGCCUAACAGAUAUGGAAAAGAAGCUGGCCAGAUUCACAUUUGAUCAUUGGCGUAAGCGAAGAUAUGUACGGAUGGCAGAGUCAAUACUACAGCACGCCGCAGUCCUAAAGGAGGCGCAGAUAAUGAGCAACGAAAUGGAGAAAUCGGUGGUAUUCCAAUUCACAAUUGUGGACGAAGGCCAUACAUUCCAGUCUAGUUACGAUUUAGUAUUAAACGGAGUAUCGGCUGAAGAUGACGAAUUUCUUGACAUGGCACGAAAACCUUGUGUAGGUGUCCGUGUGAUGGAUUUCGAGACCAAUGUUGUUCACCUUUGGUCUUUGGAAAAACUACAAAACCGUGUGGGCCAAAUGAGACAAAUUUAUCAAUACCUAGAUAGGCCGGAGUAUCUACAGGUAAGAUCGCCUCCGGCUCCCUAGUACUACCUCUUUCUAAGACUCCUAUAAAGCACCUUCGCCCUAGAGACCCAUUCUCGGAGCCAACCCCCCAACAAUACUCGUUGAUCGGAGACGUUGAUGUUCCCUUGACGGCAGUAUUUGAGACUCGUUCCCAGGAUUUUGUACUUGAUGUCAUAUCACCCCAUACGGCAAGUGUGGUUGGAAUCAUCAAACUUGCACUUGAACCUUCAUCAGCGGAAGCGCCCUCGCCAACUCUCAAAUUUAACGUUGUAGUGCGAGAGCUACAAGGCUUUGCCGAACGGGAGGGAACAUCAGUCCAUGCUCAAAUGUUCAUUCCCGGUAUAUCUGACGAGAGCGGCGCCACUACAACUAGCAUGAUAGCAGAUUUUGAUGAAGGUCCAGUGAAAUUUGGAAGUACACAUCCCAUGAGUAUGCCCCUCGGAGCUCCGCUGAGAAACACUACUCUUCGAGUAGCCAUAUUUUCAAAAAUCACAAGCAUGCAUCUCGAGAAACUCAUCAGUUGGGAUGACAUGCGAGAUCACAAAUCCGCAUCACAGAAAAAACGAAAUGCUCGACUAAACGAGACAGAGUUCUAUACUGAGGAGAAGCAUGACAUUUUUGCCCGUGUCCAAAUAUUGGAACUAUCUGAGUCUGGGGAUUACCUUCCGGUCGAGGUUAUCCAACAAUCUGAAACCGAUCCUGGGCUAUUCCAGUUACGCCAGGGACUGCAACGUAGGGUCCAACUUAACCUUACGCAUAAUUCGGGUGAUGCCUUCCAAUGGAGCGAGAUCACACAACUCCGAAUCAGUCAAGUGCGGCUGCUGGACCCCCGAGGGAAAAUACCUGAUAUGUCAUCACCAACCCGCGAAAUACAACUCAACACGGUUCUAGGACCUGUGGUUAAGAAGAAUUCCGAUGGCACCGGUACAAUCGGUGUUGUUGCCCAAUGGGAUUCCAGUCUCCAUAAUUCCAUAUACCUUGAUCGAACCACGGCAGACAAGUACCGUGUCCAAAUGAAUCUCCGGUGGAAUGUGGUUUCUGACAAGCUAUCAGAGCCAAUCGCUUUCUCACAGGACGUUUUUUCGCAAGUGCAACCCAGAGUGCUUAAAAGCCCUAAUAAAUUCAUGCAGCUGUGGAACAAUAACAGAAUUACGCAUGCAAGUGUGGGACUUUUCCAGUUGGUCAUUCGGCCAGCUGCAGCCCGUAGGGCGGGCGAUCUCUGGAGAAUGAAUACUAUGCACCGAUAUGUGAAGGGCGAAGAAUAUCUUGGCGAGUGGACACCUCGCGGUGUAAGCUUGGUGAGAGACUUUCUUAGAGCGAAGAGGAGGAGAAUGAGGGCCGCUGAAGUUGAGAACGCCAAGGGGUUCUUAAGCUCUUUACCGGUCACCAGAAAUGUAACCCCAAAGCCCGGGGCGGGGGAGCCCACAGCAGAAAGGUCUCGCGAGCGCCCCAGGGAGGCCCCGCCGCAGGAAAGCUCUUAUGGCGAAGCCAUAGAGCCCAGUGAGGGACGGGGCGAAGUUGACAGAGAGCCCAAGUUAUCAGAUGACACGAAGGUCACCAAAACCGUCCAAGAACCCCCGCCAACUAAAGACGUGCAAGAUGCGGAUAGAGCUCUAGAAGACCCGCCAGAUUGGGCGCCAGAACACACGCCAGUAGAGAUUCCAGCAGGAAGCUCCGAGGGGGAUUCUGAGAGCAGAAGAGAGAGCUUCCAGGGGAGCCCAGAAUGGAACUCGGCGGAAAUGUCGGAAGGGACAGCAGCGAGGGAGUCGAUUACGGGUGAAAACGUUGCCCUAAGAGAAGAGGAUCCGCAUAUACACUUGCUGCGUAGAUAUGUGGACUUGUGGUCCUCGUGGAAAGAUCCCAGCGAGGUAGGCAGCGGUGUUCGCGAACACGUUUGUAAAGGAAAUAUGCUAAGGGGAAACACCCACUCUAGAAUAUACUCGUACGACAGAACACGGAACCCCCACAGGAUGCAGCUUGCUUUGCUGAGCCAACAGAAGCUGAACCUCCACGAUUGAUUGCCGAGGUCCGGCAGAUCCCCAAAAGGUUUAUUGAUCCAAGUACAAUUCAAAAAUACACUCUCUAAUGUGCUCCCCUCCUGUAUAGUACCUCAGUGUUGAAGUCGGGUUAUCUGUUUAUGCCAGAUGAAUCCAACAAGGUAUGGAUCAAGAGGUACUUUGAACUGCGGCGACCCUAUCUACACGUUCAAUCGAUCACAGACGGGGAAGAAAUCACAGCCAUUAAUCUCACCCACUGCCACAUCGACCAUAACCCUCACGUUCGAAAACUCCUCAGAAAGCAGAACAAUAAUAUAUUCGCUGUGUACACGCCGCUCAAUACCUAUCUCUUCGGGGCAAAGAGCGAACGAGAGAUGAUUGAAUGGAUAUUAAAGAUAGAUCAAUCCCAUUUCGACACCAGCACUAGUCGGAGCAACACGCCUGCCGACGAAGAGCGGAGAGUACCCUCGGGUUAGCGCCAACGAAUGUCGUACUAUAUCAUGAAUCAUGGGGAAGGCGAUUUCAAGAUACGGCAGAAAUGAGUGCCUGUGUUUGUUUUUCUUCUUUCUUCAAUAAGGGUAUUCAAGGCUUAAUUCCUAUUUUCCCCUACUUCUUCGAUCGAAGACCGACUACCCGUUUCUUGGUUUGUUUUUCGAUAAAGCUUUAUCAUAGAGUUUGGCGUUUAAUUAUUUCCUCUCUCACCAGGGGGUUUCCUACGGGGGGGUGGGAACACGCAAAGGGUAAAGCCGUGUGGGCACCCAUCGUAGAGAUGGGAGGCCGGAUGGGAAAUCAUGCUCAUGUGCUCUCUGGCCAGGCCAGAAGCACCACGAUGAAUGAUGAAAGCGGUUUCUUUUUUUUCUUUUUCCUUCCCUUUCUUUCCCUCCACAUUUGCACUUGAAACGUUUUCCAAUCAGUUUAUUCAUUAGAGUAAUACCCCAUACACUACCUUCUGAUAGUGUCCGACUAUCAUGGUUACGAUAGCUAUGAUGAUAACUAUUACUUGUACUGUACCCUUCUGGAGAUCGCUACUGCAGCAGUUGCACUGUGGUGAAGAUUACUACUCGGAGCCUAGCCCUGCGCCCGCCAUACCGUAGGAGCUCGAAUAAUAGAACGGUGUGCCAUGU